AUGUAUUAUGUGUAUAUUCCACUGACUCGAAUGACUUUUUGUUUCAGUGCAAAUCCAUGGCCAAAAUGGACCGGUGUGAUGCACGGCUAUGAGAUUGAGUACGUAUUUGGAGUGCCGAUCUAUAAUGAGAGCGCCAAGUACACGAAACGAGAACAAGUUCUGUCAGAAAAGAUUAUCCAGUACUGGAGUUCGUUUGCCACGACGGGGGUUCCUCGUCUGAAAGACGCUAAGUCAACCGAUAUCUGGCCAGAAUACGACGGUGUCAACAAUACGAGGUGGAUGCUGCUAAAGGGUGGAUCUCAUGUAAAGCCAACGCCGUCUCGGAAAAAGGUCGAAUGCGACCUGUGGAGGACAGCUAAAGACAUGGAAUAUCAUGCUUACCGAAACGAAUUGCAACUUUCAUCAGCCUUCCAAAUUUCACUGACGUCGGUUUUAGUCGUACUUAUACUCUCAUAG